CCCUUCUCACGCGCGUCUAUGUCUUCAUCGUGACCAUACGCGCCGAAUUCCCCCCUUCGACGACAAUAAAUACCAGGCCAGCCCCGUACACGUCUGAGCCUCUCACGAUGUCAAAGACUACUAUAGCUAUUAUCGCCGCCGUGAGCGCUGCAGCAGGCGCAAGCGUUACAGCAGCAAUGUACUCUACGCGCUCAGAGAAGAAAAUCCAAGCCGUUGCAUCCUCGACGUCCGUCUCAGCUACAUCCACAACAUCAGUUCCAGCUCCCGUACCAGGAGCGUUCCCUAUAUCUGCGAAAGAUAUCCUGCCGCCCGUCGACCCAGCAGGGCUCUUCCAAUAUGGCUUCCCAGGCCCAGUAUCCGACCUCGCGACUCGAAAUGCCCUCGUCUCCUCCUUCGACCGCCGCCUGCGAAACCCGUCUUGGGUAGCAGAACACAUAACCCCACAAUCCCUCGCGACCUCGAACGGAGACCGCAAACACAGCGUUUUCGUCGAAGACCCCUCCGUCCCCGAGAAGUUCAGAGGCAAGCUGAAGGAUUACUUCCGCUCUGGCUACGACCGCGGACACCAGGUGCCAGCCGCAGACGCGAAAUGGAGUCAGGAAGCUAUGAACGAUACUUUCUUCUUGACGAACAUGUGUCCGCAGGUUGGGGAGGGCUUUAAUCGAGAUUACUGGGCGCACUUCGAGGAUUUCUGCCGGAGGUUGACGUUGAGAUAUCCGUCGGUGAGGAUCGUUACGGGGCCGUUAUAUCUACCCAAGCGAGAUGCUGUGGAUGGGAAGUGGAGGGUGUCGUAUGAGAUGAUUGGGAAUCCGCCGAAUAUCGCUGUCCCUACGCAUUUCUACAAGGUGAUUUUCGCGGAGGAUGGGACGACGACGGGGCCUGUUGCGGUGGGGGCUUUUGUGUUGCCGAAUGCAGCGAUUCCGAAUACCAAGCCGAUUACGGACUUUGAGGUACCGGUUGAAGCGGUGGAGAGGGCAAGUGGGUUGGAAUUUGCGACGAAGUUGCCGGCGCAGAGGAGGAAGAGGCUUUGUACGGAUACGGUGUGUGCUCUUGUUAUCAAGGAGUAUGCAGAUAGGCAGAGGGCGUUUGUGAAGGAGGAUAAGGUCGCUGCGGUACCGACGAGGACGAGUCCUAGGAAUCUGACUCCGGCUUCUAAUCUAUGAUUGAUGUUGGGUGGAUAAUGUCUGAGGAAUGGUUUACAGAGGAGGAUUAGCUCGCGAGGGCGUUUUCUGUUGUUUUAUGUUUGAUUUGGCAUAGCAUAUAGCAUCUGCAUUUGCAUUGGGGAGAGCGAACGCAUAGCAUGGAGUUUUGUCUUUUUGACUUGUUGUAUUUGUACUUGAUACCAGAACUUAGAUAGCAUAGCAUAAACUCAAUACACGACACAAUUACAUGAAAAUCU